UUUUUUUCCUACCGUGAAGUGAACUGCCGCCAUGUUCUUCUGAGCCAGUAUGACAGUCAGACGGGAGGAAGAGAGACAGGGACAUAGUCUGUGACUAAAACGACGGUUUAACUCAGCUUUUCGGAGUAUGAGAGAGAUAUUUUAACGCCACUGAACGUUUAGAACGGUGGAAGUUUUCCGUUUAAUUUUUUUUUGCAACAGAAGAGCCGUUCGGAUUUACAGAGAAAUCGGCGUGUCCGGAUGUUACAGCGCGAUAUAUUUUAUUUUCCUAUGGCGUAGGCACCUUUAUAUAAAGGCUGAUCUUUUUACACAUUUGGGGGUCGGAGGGUCGCCUCCGGUCGAAUCUAUAAGCACAUCCUAGUCUGUUUUUAAAAACCUUUUUUUAACCGAAAAAAUACACGGAGUAAAUGUCUAAUUUGUGUGAAAUAGAAGAAAAACACAUUCCAACAUUCGUUCGUGACUGAAAGGAUGACUAUCGAUACUAACGGGAUUUAAUUGGUGUUUUGGACGUUUAAUUGAUUAUCAAAGACUCAUCAUUUGCCGUCUACGAGAUUUUAAAGACGACGAUAGGGGAAAUACUAUUAUUUCCUUCCUUGAAGCCCUACGGUGAGCGGAUUCCAAAGAUGACGGGCUCUACCCCGGCAGACAUGAUUAACCUGCGUCUCAUCCUGGUCAGUGGGAAGACGAAAGAGUUCCUGUUUUCUCCCAAUGACUCGGCCGCAGACAUUGCCAAACACGUCUACGAUAACUGGCCAAUGGACUGGGAGGAGGAACAGGUCAGCAGUCCUAAUAUCCUGAGGCUCAUCUACCAGGGUCGCUUUCUACAUGGAAACGUCACGCUAGGAGCUCUCAAACUGCCUCUGGGGAAAACCACAGUGAUGCAUUUAGUUGCCAGAGAGACGUUGCCUGAGCCAAACUCCCAAGGUCAGAGGAACAGAGAGAAAACUGGGGAGAGUAACUGCUGUGUCAUCCUGUAAAUACCCACCUCCAUCCCUCCCUCACCCACAUCCCUCCCUCCCUCCCUCACCCGCCCACCCACCCACCUCCAUCCCUCCCUCCCUCCCUCACCCGCCCACCCACCCACCUCAUCCCUCCCUCACCCGCCCACCCACCCACCUCCAUCCCUCCCUCCCUCACCCGCCCACCCACCCACCUCCAUCCCUCCCUCACCCGCCCACCCACCCACCUCCAUCCCUCCCUCACCCGCCCACCCACCCACCCACCUCCAUCCCUCC